CUGCCCCAUAGCCGGGGCUCCGGCCUGAUGGGACCCAGAGAGGCCCUGAGCAGGAACGACGCGGUGCUGGGGGAGGUGCUGCAGGUGCUGCAGGAGGAGCAGCUCCCGUACACGGCGCUGUUCACCGGGCACAGGGCCACGGCCCCCCCCGUGCCCCCCCCCCCUGGAUUUUGGGGUUCCCCGCCGGGGUCUCCUGGCCCUGGGGGGGGAGGGGGAGGGGCCGGAGGUGCCCCCCCCCCUUCGCUGGCCCCUCCAGGGGGACCCCAAAAUUCUGCUCUGGGCCCGGAACCUCUCGGUGACGUUUGGGGGGCGCUCCCGGGACCUGACCCCCAAACCUUCGGGGCCGCGGCCACCGUGGAGCUGGGGGGGGUCCUCGUGGAGCCCCCACGAGGCUCG